AUCUGUUAUUGAUUGAGUUUGUCGAUACGAGCCUGACUCCACCUAACGUAGUGACACCGCCUUAGUAAAACGAGGUGGAGGAGUGAAAAUGACCUGGGAAAACUGUACGGUGACGCUGAAUAGUGAUUCCACCGGGAGGGUGUACGCUGGUGACGUAGUGACGGGGACGGUCACCUUGGAAUUCGCAAAGGAGAAGUUCAUUGAAAAUGUUGACUUUCAAAUCCUUGGUUUUGGAGAGGCACAAUGGACUAGGUCGAAACCCACAGCUCCGUACAUAAAAAUAUGUUCGGAAAAGAAGAAACUAUUGCACAUUAACAUGGAUGUUUUUGGGAACACAUUCAGAAGAGUCAUCAAUCCGGGUAUUUACAAUUUUCCGUUUCAUUUCGCGCUGCCUGGCGAUCUGCCAUCGACUUUUGAGAGUUCUAUCGCAAAAGUAUACUACUACAUCAAAAUUGAGAUGAAAGGAAUGUUCAAACCGAAAAAGACAGUCCCAUUUAUAGUAUUUGGAAAUGUUAAUCUCAAUCACAUUGAAGAGUUUUUGGAUCCUACGACGCAUAUAUUUCAAAAAAUAUGUUGGAACUCCAAAUAUCUUUCUGUGAGUUUAAAAACGUACGAAGGAUUUGCUUCUAAACAAAAUAUUCCUUUACGACUGAGAAUUAAAAACGAAGAAAAAGUUAUAAUUAAUAAAAUUAAGGUGUAUUUGAUUCAAAAGCUACAGUAUAGUAUUUCUGACGGCUAUACUGCUGAAGAAAGAAACUUGUACCAUGUAGAAUUCAAUAAAAUAUCGAACACCACUUCUGAAACUUGUAAUUUUAGUAUGGACGUGCCUUGUGUUCCGCCGUCUACACUGUAUACAACAGAUGCCAUGAUUAUAAUCUCAUAUGUUUUAAGGGUGGAAGUCAUCUUCCUUUUUCAUUCUACUCUUCGACAAGAUAUUCCGGUGACCAUUGCAACAGUACCCGUUAUUCACAAUGAAUUUUAAUAAAAUUAAAUAUCGCUCAUCA